CCCUCGCCGGCCGGCGCCGCCGCCGGCCAUGGCCGAGCAGGCACGGUUCUUCAACAUGGACCGCACGACGGCGGCCGACGCACGGUGCAAGGGCUUCGACCCGCACACGCUGGACCAAGCCGCGGAGAGCAUGCUAUGCUACAUCUACGCCAACCUCCCCAGCCUCCCCGUCUACGAGGGCACACGGCUCGCCGCCUCCGCCUCCCCCGACGGCGUCGACCGCAUCAGCCGCCUCCCGCCCGAGCUCCUCAGCAAGAUCGUCUCCCGCCUCCCGUCCGUCAAGGACGCCGCGCGCACCGCCGUCCUCUCCUCCCACUGGCGCCGGGUCUGGCUCUCCACACCCCUCGUGCUGUCCGACGCCCACCUCCACCCCGAAGCCUGGGGCUGGCCGCCCACGCCCGCCAGCUCGCCGGCCGUCACCGCCGCCGUCUCCCGCAUCCUCGAAGCGCACCCGGGGCCCUUCCAUUGCGUCCACCUGGUCUGCAGCCACAUGAGCGCGCACCGUGCCCGGCUCGCGCGCUGGCUCCAGCUCCUCGCCGCCAAGGGCGUCCAGGACCUCGCCCUCGUCAACCGCCCGUGGCCGCGCGACGUGUCCCUCCCGCCCACGCUCUUCGCCGUCACCACCCUCACCCGCCUCUAUGUCGGCAUGUGGAAGUUGCCGGGCACGGCCGCCCUGCGUGGCGCCUCCUUUCCCCACCUCCGCGAGCUCGGCCUGAGCUGCGUCGAAAUGGAGCAGGGCGUCGUCGACUCCCUCGUCGCCAGGAGCCCCGCGCUGGAGACACUCAACAUCCUGGGAUGCAAGGGGCUGCGCCUCCGCCUCGUCAGCCAGAGCCUGCGGUGCGUGCAGAUCAGCUGCUCCAGAAUGGAGGACAUCGCCGUGGUAAAGGCUUCGCUCCUCGAGCGGCUCAUCCUGUUUAGACCUUGCAAAAUCGCCGGUGGCAUCUCCACGAGACUCAGGAUUGGCGAUGCCCCCAAGCUGCAAGCAUUUGGGUACUUGGAGCCAGGGCAGGUCCUAAAGGUCCGAGACACCAUCAUCAUGCCAGGAAUAGCAAGCGCAAGUACCGUGGUCACAAGCGUGAAGAUUUUGAGCUUGAAUGUGUGUUUCGGAGUUCGCAGUGAUGUCCAUAUGGUUCCCACCUUCCUCAGAUGCUUUCCCAACGCCGAGAGACUGCAUAUCAUGAGUAAAAGAUGCGCUGAACCCACUGGCAACUACCUCACCCUCCAGUUCUGGGAAGAGUCUGACCCUGAAGAAAACCUCGUCUCCCGCAUCAGCGUGAUGAGUUUCCGUGAGUUCACGGGGGACCCAGGCGAGGUUGGCUUCCUCGAGUUCUUCUUCCGGAGUGCGCGGGCGCUUGAGACCGCGUCUGUUUCCAUGGCCAACCCAAGCUUCACACCGUUCUCGACGCAGGAGGCGUAUGCCAAAGUGAAACGCAGCUCAAGGAUCAAGGCAAGUGAGUCCAACAUGGUUGUCCUCGGGAGCACCGGCCCUGCAGGUGGUAAGAUCUGGAGCUUGAAAGACGGGGCAGAUUUUUCGUUCCAUGACCCCUUCUCCGAAGUGGAGGUGGUUGGCUGAGCUUUAGUUUGUGGGGUGAAGUGGGAUGGUUGUUUUCUGAUGCAAAACCCUGUCUGCUGCUAAAGGUGCCCUUUGUGAUGGUCUGGCAAAAUUGAGGCUUGAUGCAAAACUAUGCGGCAGACUGAUGAGCUGAUAUUUUGCUUGACCUGUGCUACCAGUUUCCCUGUCUAUCUAUCUAUGCUCCUUGAACCAUUUCAUUUGUGGCAACAUGUUUCAUUCCUUGCA